AUGGCGAUGCAGCGACCAGUGACCCCUUCAGCCUCGUACGACCCCGUACCGCACAUAGACGACCCUGCCCACAUCAGCCGUGGUUAUGGCAGUUCCUCUGUGAACGACUUUGCAAACUCGCCAGCAGGCGCGCAACAUGACCGCUCGCGCCUAGGGAGGUUCGAGGAGGAUUUCGAUGCGCGCACACGGGGCUCGUCUGUCCUUGACGGUGACAUGCACCAGCGCUCCUCCUCGCGCUCCUCCACGCUGAACCAGGGCGCAACGCCUUCGCGCAGUGGAACCCUCAAGAAGAAAAGCUCAGUCAAGAGGACGGGAAGCAUGAAGCGCAGCGGGAGCAGGAAAUCAAUGCAUGCCGGAUCCAUCAGGGGCGUGACCAUUGACGACCAAGAGCGCGGCUACGACCGCGAGGACAGUGUCUUCUACACACCCGUGCCUACCAAGGGCACCCCCACCGAGAUACUGGCAGACCGGUUCCAGACCUGGCGCAAGUUCCUCAAAGACCUCAUCACCUACUUCCGCGAGGUGGCAGCCUCCUACGAACACCGCGCCAAGUCGCUGCUCAAAGUGUCCAACGUGAUCAACAACACCAAUGCGCCCGCUGCUCUUCUCGUGGAGGGAGGCCUCAAUGACGCCAACCGUAUUCUUCGCGACUUCCACAAGCAGGCCAUUCUUGAGGCCAACAAGGCGCGAGACGUUGAGGCAGACGUUAUCAAUCAGCUCAGCGGCCUCAGAGCCGAUCUUGCACAAAAGAUCAAGGAGAUAAAAUCGCUUUCAGGCGACUUCAAGAACAACGUCGAGAAGGAAAAGGAGACUACGAGGAAGUGCGUGACAGCACUUGAGGAGGCAUUGGCCCUGGUCGAUUCUGACCCCACCGCUGUCGCGGGCAAGGGAGAUCCCUAUGUCGUUCGUCUGGGCGUCGAGCGCCAAGUCGAGAGGCAGAUUGACGAGGAGAAUUAUCUUCACAGAGCGUACCUCAACCUUGAAAACUCUGGCCGCGAACUCGAGUCCAUCGUUGUUGGUGAAGUGCAGAAGGCCUACAAUGCUCUUGCUAGCAUCUUGAAGCGCGAUGCCGACGAGCAGUACAACACGGUGGAGAAGUUGCGCAAUGGUCCGAUUGCGAUGCCACGCGAUCUCGAGUGGAGCAGGUUUGUGAGGAGCGACCCUCACUUCGUCAACCCAGAUAUGCCGCUGCGCAGACUGGAAGACAUACAGUACCCCGGAAAAUACCACCCAGCUACCACCGAAGUCAGGGCAGGCAUGCUUGAGCGGAAGAGCAAGUAUCUCAAGUCCUAUACGCCAGGCUGGUAUGUUCUGUCUCCUACGCACAUCCACGAGUUCAAAUCGGCCGAUCGCAUCUACACUCAGCCUCCGGUCAUGUCCUUGUAUCUGCCAGACCAGAAGCUUGGUUCUCGUUCCCAGCCCGGAAGUUCCUCCCACAAGUUCGUUAUCAAAGGCCGUCAGGCUGGAUCCAUGCACCGUGGCCACACCUGGGUAUUCCGGGCAGAGACUUACGAAACUAUGGUGGCGUGGUUUGAAGAUAUCAAGGCCUUGACCGAGAAGAGUGGAGAGGAGCGCAAUGCCUUUGUUCGUCGCCAUGCAAGCGUCAGGAGCACCAGUGCUGGCAGCGCCCGUUCAGCGAGCUCUGAUGGCGGUCUAGAAGAAGACGAGGCAGAUGCAGUCCCAUUCUCAGCCAACCAGUCGAUGAAGGAACAGGCCAUUCGGGACCAGUCUCCGCGACCUUCACGGCCUUCUCCAGGUGGGCGAUUCCCGUCUGAUUUGAUGGUCAACCGUAACUUACAAGCGCCUCUCUCGCCAUCUAGUGGAAGUUCAGAGGUCGGCAAUGAUCUAACAACCAUGUCCGGAGGUCCCCCACAGGAGGUUCACCCGAUGUAUCUUGCCCAAACCGCACCCUACCAGCCCGAACCGGUCCAGCCAGUCCAGUAUACCCAGCCCAUCCAGCAUCAACCCCAAAACAACUUCGUAAAUCCAUACCCACCCACUCAGCAGCCAUAUGAUCCGCUGACCACCGACCCUUCUUCCUACGCGCCCCUUCCCCAGACUUACCCUGUCCAACCAGCCUCGGUCAAUCAGCCAUCCUUGGAGCAUGCUCAACCUAUCCAACGCCAUGAUAGUAACAACUACGGUAACUGGAUGGCACCUGCUGUUGGAGGAGCAGCAACUGGAGUUCUUGCAAACGAGGCAUACAGGAAGAAGCAGUUGGCUCAGCAACAUCUCGAUGCCCAACAUCAGCAGGACCAAACACAACAAUACCCGUUUGACCAGUCUCGAGCAGCGGGCUUUCCAGACGCUACUCCCACGCAAGUUCCAGAACGGCAUCCGGAUCAUAUCCUCCCUGACCAGAUCGAUGAUACUGGCUACGUAGCUCCGUCUGCAGCACCUGCUGUGCAGCCGACAUCUGCCCCGAUCGUCGCACCCAUCUCCAGUGGCCAGACUCAGCCUCAUCAUACCAGCAGUCCAGACACACUAGCAACCACGUCGUCUUUUUUAGGCGAGUCUGAGGUCGGCGCCGCCCCUGCCUUUGGCAAGACUGUCAAUGGGGGACCCGUUCCAGUCGACCUUGUGGAUGCUGCAGACGAGAUAGUUCACCCUGGAAUGGGUAAGCGGAUAAACACCGACAUCAGUGUUAGUGAUCUGCAUGUUCCGGGUGAGUAUCCCAAGACGACUGUCGGUGAUGCCACGAGUGCUGCUAGGAUGCCCACCGGAACCACAACGUCGCAGCAGCCCACAACUUUUCUGAAGUACAAUUGA